AAGGUAAAUGUUCGGCAUUAUAAAAGCCAAGAACUUCAUGGAGAAAUUAUCCAGUCAUUACUUGGUCUUUGUCGAGAGAGGAAGUUUACACCAUGAUCAGAAAUAUUUUCGCCGUGACCCUUCUUCUGGGAGUGGCUUGUGCCUUUCCUCAUCCACAAGCACCACCUCUAGGCGCUCUUCCUGCCCCAGGUCCCAACGGCGUCCCCCCACCUGGUCCUAAUGGGCUUCCACCACACCCACCCGGCUGUCUGCCCCCACUCCCUCCUAACCAAGGACCACCAGGAUCCUCUCCUGCCUCCCUUCCUCCACCACCAAACGGGCCUGAUGGCAAGCCUCUCCCCACCUGCCCACCCACUCUUAUUUCUGGCCAUUGUGGCGGAGUAACGUACUUCUGGGACACCGCAAAGGGGGAGGACCAGCCUGCCGAUUUCAAAAAAUGUUUCUUUGGUGAUGGCGAGGUCGGAGCUAUCUGCAAUGGAAAGGAAUACACCUGGGACCCUGCCAAGCAAGAAAAACCAGCCGAACUAGAAGCCUGUGAGAAAAAAUUUAAUGGACAAUAAUAGAAAUUCAGAGUUGUUUUUGUUAUACUUAUUGAUUCAAAAUCUUGUAUUUCUGCGGCAAUAAAUUUUGGACUUUUUCAAAUUGCAUCAUUA